UAUUGCAUACAUGGCCACGUACAUGAAGCCCGUCCACGGCCCAGUCCUCCUGCUUCUUCUCGUAUGCCUUGCUAUCCAUUCACAAUGUGGAAGCACGGAAGACAUGGACAACGUGAGGAUAAGCCUGCCGCACGGAUUAUGUGCGUACAAACCUUGCAAAGAUGGCUACUGCAACUGUUGUUACCUGACGGAGGACUGCUAUCUGACAAUGGAUGACUGCAAAAAGAAAUGCAGUGGUCCUCAUUCGCGCAUCACGGCUGGGGUGCCUACCCCCUCCAUUUCCGCCCGCCCAUCAGAUUGAAAUAUUUUUAUUUGCGACAGCAUCUGUUGAUGUAGAAUUUGUAAUAGAAACUUAUUUCUUAAUUUCUACAAUAAUUAUUACCUUU